AUGGUGGGGCAGCUGCAGGAUUAUGCCUUCCUGAUGUCCAUCGGAUGCAUCCUGUGGAUGUGCUUUUACUUCCUGAGCAGUUUUGACCAUAUCCGCUUGGCUGCAGGGGCUGAGGUCUCCCCCUUGUCGGAGUCUUCGGGAGCAUCACCUCUUCCCAGGCUAUGGUGGGGCGGGACUCUGCAGAGGCUCCUCUGGGGCGGCUCAGGUGUCCCCAGCUGGUUGGGCCCUGAUCCCAGCACCGGGUCUGACUGGCGUCUCUCCCUGCAGGCCUACAAUAUCCAUGUGAACGGGGUGUUGCACUGCCGAGUGCGCUACAGCCAGCUCCUGGGGCUGCACGAACAGUUAAGGAAAGAGUAUGGCGCUAACGUGGUCCCAGCCUUUCCCCCAAAGAAGAUCUUCACACUCACCCCGGCAGAGGUAGAGCAACGACGGGAACAGCUGGAGAAAUACAUGCAGGCUGUGCGGCAGGACGCGACGCUGGGAGGCAGCGAGACCUUCAACAGCUUCCUGCGCAAGGCCCAGCAGGAGACGCAGCAGAUCCCCACAGAGGAGGUGGUGCUGGAAGUGCUGCUCUCCAAUGGCCAGAAGGUCAAGGUCACCAUCCUUACCUCGGACCAGACGGAGGAUGUCCUUGAGGCUGUGGCCUCCAAGCUGGAUCUGCCGGAUGACCUGGUUGGCUACUUCAGUCUCUUCCUAGUGAGAGAGACCAAGGACGGAGCUUUCUCCUUCGUGCGGAAGCUGCAGGAGUUUGAGCUGCCGUACGUGUCUGUCACCAGCCUGCACAACCCUGAGUUCAGGAUCAUCCUGCGCAAGAGCUACUGGGACUCCUCCUAUGAUGACGAUGUAAUGGAGCAUCGUGUGGGGUUGAACUUGCUGUAUGCGCAGACGGUGUCGGACAUCGAGCACGGAUGGAUCCUUGUUAACAAGGAACAGCACAGGCAGCUGAAGUCCCUGCAGGAAAAAGUCUCCAAGAAGGAGUUCAUCCGCCUGGCGCAGACCCUGAAGUACUACGGCUAUCUCAAGUUCGACCCCUGCGUCACGGACUUCCCCGAGAAGGGAUGCCAUGUCGUCGUCAGCGCUGGCAACAACGAGCUCAACUUCCAGGUGCGGCUGCCGAGCGAGCAGAUCAAGGAAGGCAGCUUCAAGGUCACGCGCAUGCGGUGCUGGCGGGUCACGUCCUCGGUGCCCAUGAGCAAUGGUCCCGGGGGGAGCAGCCCGGGGAAGUCCGAGGUGAAGCUGGAGUUGGCUUUCGAGUAUCUAAUGAGCAAGGACCGGCUGCAGUGGGUCACCAUCACCAGUCCACAGGCCAUCAUGCUGAGCAUCUGCCUGCAGUCCAUGGUGGAUGAGCUGAUGGUGAAAAAGUCUGGAGGCAGCAUCCGCAAGAUGUUUCGCCGGCGCGUGAACGGGGCUCUGCGGCGCUCGGACAGCCAGCAAGCUGUGAAAUCGCCCCCGCUGCUGGACUCACCCGAUGCCUCCCGGGAGCCGAUGGCCAAACUCUCGAGCAAGCUCACCUCUGUCAGCCUCCGAGGCAUCAGCCACUCCAGCUCUGCUAAUGACGUGGGCGCCAAUGACUUCCACGGCAAUUAUGCCUUUGAGGGCAUCGGCGAUGAGGAUCUGUAGUGCCCCCUUCCCAGGACAGCACCGGCUGAGGACCUUCGCUGAGGAAUGUACGACCUGCAGACAGGUUGCAAUCAACGUGCCUCUCACCUGCUACAUCCACCUUCCCCACUCCCCUGGGCCGGGGAGCUCACCCCCAGCCCACCGUUGCCUUCGGGGCGGGGGCAGCUGAUCUCCUCCUGCUGCUGGCUCCAGCUGG